AUGGCUUCUAGUGAUGCUGGAUACAUGAUGUCCGAUGCGCCGUUGCAAAGACGACAUAUGGCCUUCCCUUCUUCUUCCUCAACUCGCCCGAGAGGACCUCCGUCGGAGAACCUUGGUGCUGCUAGUGACGACGAGGGUGAUGCUUUUGCCGAUGACCAAGUCCCGCGAAGUUCACGCAUCCCGGAUGCCGCCAGUGUCCCUCGCGUUGAGGACCGAAUAGGAGUACUUGUUCAAGAGCAUUUUGAAGCGUUCAUUGAGAGUUUUGCCGAAGAUCCACUAUCAAGCGCGCCAACUUCGAGCGCUGUCACUACAGACAAAUACUAUGUAGCACAAAUCAGGUCGAUGAGAAAUAUGCAGCUUUCUACGUUCUACGUUGAUUACAAACAUCUUGCUGCGUGGGAAAAUGGCAGUUUGGCUGAUGGAGUAAUGCGCCAGUAUUAUCGAUUUUUGCCUUUUCUUACGGUAGCUCUACACAAUAUGAUUGCAAAAUACGAACCGCAGUAUUUUCGGGAACAUCGCCAGCCAACAGCGUCGAGCACGCUGUCAACUUCGGCGGCUAGCCAGCUUGGUUCUGCCAGCCAGAGCGACGCCUCUCACAGAAAGAAUGAGCACCAGCAAACUGAUAAGCUCUUCUCUAUUGCCUUCUAUAACUUGCCUCUAGUCUCACGGGUCCGUAGCCUGCGGGCAGCCAAUAUUGGACAGCUCCUCUCCAUUUCUGGCACGGUCACUAGGACUUCAGAGGUUCGGCCAGAAUUGUCACUAGCUACCUUUGUUUGCGAAGCAUGCAGAGCUGUUGUGCCAAAUGUCGAGCAAACUUUCCGAUACACGGAGCCAACUCAGUGUCCCAAUGGAACUUGCUCAAAUAGAGUUGCUUGGCAGUUAGAUAUUCGGCACAGCACCUUCGUCGAUUGGCAAAAGGUUCGCAUUCAAGAGAACAGUUCCGAGAUCCCUACCGGCAGCAUGCCUAGGACUCUAGAUGUUAUUCUCCGUGGCGAGAUUGUGGAUAGAGCCAAGGCAGGGGAGAAGUGUAUCUUCUCCGGUGCUCUUAUCGUCGUUCCUGAUGUUAGCCAGCUAGGUUUGCCAGGACUGAGACCCACCGCCAUUCGCGAUGAUCGAGGGGCACCACGUGGUAAUGAUGCUGGAGGAAGUGGUGUCACGGGUCUGAAGGCCCUGGGUGUUCGUGACCUUACAUAUCGCCUUGCUUUCCUGGCCUGUUUCGUUGCCCCUGAUACUUCGAGCACGGGUCAACCAGCGGCAAACAGUGCUGCUGAUAUAGUAAACGCCCUCACUCAAAGCAAUUCCGUCGAAGGAGCCGAUUCCAUAGAAGAUGCGCAAGCCGCUGUUCUUGCGUCGAUGAACCCGUCCGAGAUCGAAGAUCUGCGAGCAAUGGUCCAUGGUGACCACAUAUACUCCCGUAUGGUACAGUCCAUAGCCCCCAUGGUAUAUGGCCAUGAAGUGGUCAAAAAAGGUAUACUACUACAGCUCAUGUCAGGUGUGCACAAGACAACACCCGAAGGAAUGCAAUUGCGUGGUGAUAUCAACAUAUGCAUUGUUGGGGACCCAUCUACAUCCAAAUCCCAAUUUUUGAAGUAUGUCUGCUCAUUUGCUCCACGAGCCGUCUACACAAGUGGAAAGGCAUCGUCGGCCGCAGGUCUCACUGCGGCAGUGGUCAAAGAUGAAGAGACGGGAGAGUUCACUAUUGAGGCUGGCGCUCUGAUGUUAGCAGAUAAUGGCAUCUGCGCUAUUGACGAAUUUGACAAGAUGGAUGUGGCUGAUCAAGUGGCCAUUCAUGAAGCGAUGGAACAACAGACAAUAUCCAUUGCUAAGGCUGGCAUUCAAGCAACACUUAACGCUCGAACUAGCGUGUUGGCUGCUGCGAAUCCUGUCGGCGGAAGAUACAACCGCAAGGCGACGUUGAGGUCCAAUAUUAACAUGUCGGCACCAAUCAUGUCUCGAUUCGAUUUAUUUUUUGUUAUCCUCGAUGAGUGUAACGAGCAAAUUGAUCGCCAUCUCGCAGAGCAUAUUGUCGGCAUCCACCAGCUGCGCGACGAGGCGGUCGAGCCUGAGUUCAGCACCGAGCAGCUCCAGCGGUACAUCCGAUUUGCUAAAACAUUUCGCCCAGUGUUUACGGACGAAGCUAGAGAUGUUUUGGUUACGAAAUACAAGGAAUUGCGAGCCGACGACGCUCAAGGAGGAGUCGGUAAGAACUCAUACCGUAUUACCGUGCGACAAUUGGAAAGCAUGAUCCGUCUUAGCGAGGCUAUUGCCAAAGUGAAUUGUGUUGAGGAGAUUGACGCAAAAAUGGUGUGUGAAGCAUAUGACUUGCUUCGCCAAAGCAUCAUUUCGGUUGAACAUGAUGACGUGGAAAUGAUGGAGGAGGACGAAUCGCAAGAGGAUGGUCAAGUUCUUCUCCAUGCCGCAGAGGCUGCAUCUGGGAGACAAGCCGACAACACUAUGGCGGUGGAUGAGGAGCCACCUAGUAGCUCAUCCCUGGUAGAAAAUGCGGAUAUGAAGAAGAAGCGGACGGUUACAUACGACAAAUACAUCAAGAUGGUCAACAUGAUAGUACAACGAAUCAGCGACGACGAGAACGGGAGCGGGGACGGCGUCGAAGGCGAGGAUCUCAUCAAUUGGUAUUUGGAACAGCAGGAGGAGGAGUUGGAGGGUGAAGAUGCCUACCAUACUGAAAGAGCUCUGGCCAACUUGGUUUUGAAGAAAAUGGUUAAAGACAACAUUUUAAUGGCCCUCCGAGGAGAAGUUUUGGAUGGCGAAAGUUCGUCCAGUGCUGCUGGAGUAGUUUACGUCCUUCACCCCAACUGUGCAGUGGAGGAGUUCUAA